GGAGUUCGGGGUUGUUGAAACGUGAAAAUCGAAGCCGAAUCAAAGAAAAGAGAAGCCUAUUCUACUGUUUUCACAAUUGAAGUUUGGAUCAGACUUGAGAAAGUGAAUAAACAACUCCAAUCAAAAACUGGUUGUUGGAAUCGAAAUUUAUAAAUAGCAAAUCUGUGACUGUUAGUAAAAGCUGAUAACACAGCAGUGAGUCAGUGACUAGUGAGCGAGCGCUGUGAAGUUAGUUGCAUGCGAAGGCCGAGAAUUAUGAGAUCAAAUAUCGUUUCUGAGGCAGGGGUGCCUACUAGGUUGAAUCAAUGGUGGGAAAGCAUUCCAUUCCUCACUUCUGCAGUUGUAGUUGUCUGUGGAAUAAUUUACUUGGUUUGUCUUUUGGUUGGAUAUGAUUCCUUCGCCGAGGUAUGCUUCUUGCCGUCUGCUGUUGUAUCUCGGUUUCAAGUUUACAGGAUUUAUACCGCCAUUCUUUUCCAUGGUUCACUGCUUCAUGUUCUCUUCAACAUGAUGGCUUUAGUUCCCUUGGGCUCUGAGCUGGAGAGGAUCAUGGGUUCAGUUCGGUUGCUAUAUGUCAUUAUUUUGUUGGCUACAAGCAAUGCUAUAUUCCAUGUUCUCAUAGCACUGCUGGCGGCACACAAUCCUUUUCAUGCUUAUGAAUACCUUAUGAAUGAGUGUGCAAUAGGCUUCUCGGGGGUUCUAUUUUCGAUGAUUGUUAUAGAGACAAGCCUGAGUGGAGUUCAAUCCAGGAGUGUGUUUGGAUUGUUUAAUGUGCCUGCCAAGUGGUAUGCAUUCUUUUUGUUGGUAGUUUUCCAGCUUCUCAUGCAAAAUGUCUCACUACUUGGACACCUUUGUGGCAUUUUAUCUGGGUUUGCAUAUACAUAUGGUUUGUUUGAUAUCCUCAUACCCGGGCCUUCUUUUUAUUCUUCCAUUGAAUCCUCCUCCUGGCUAUCAUCAUGUGUGAGACGUCCUAAAUUUAUUGUUUGCACUGGCGGAAAUCCCUCGGGUUAUAUCCCUACGCAUACAAGCCAAAAUUCAACAGCCAGUGGAAUACUUUCUGGAAAUAUUUGGAGGAACCUGUCAUCAUUGAUGCCUCAAAGGGAAGUCUCUGCUCAGUCAAUUGAGGACAAUAGGUUCCCUGGGAGGGCAAGGACCCUUGGUUCUGGUCAAGGUCAAAUGGCUUCUGGUCCUCAUUCAGAUUCAAAUCUUCAAGCUAGACUCUUGGAUGAUAGCAAUCCCAACCAUCCUUUAGACUCAUCCACUCGUAGUACUACUCAACCGUUAUUAGAAGGAAGGCGUUCAGUUGAUAAUCUAGCUACAGCAGCUGCAGGUGUUCCACAGCAUCAGGGUGCAGUUGCUUCAGAGGAAGAGAUUAAAAAACUUGUAUCAAUGGGCUUUGAUAGGACACAAGUGGAAGUGGCGCUGGCAGCAGCUGAUGGUGAUCUUAAUGUGGCUGUGGAAAUACUCAUGAGCCAGCAGGGUUAAAGCAGGAAAGCUGCUCGUGUAUUCCAAGAGAGACUACUCUGUUAAUUAUCUCCCUGGGCUUUGUUCAAUCAGUGUGUUUGAUCUUGGACCCUACCACUAACAGUUCGCCGACCACCAUGCUAACGCCAAUUAACAGAGUUGAACAUAUGUAAACAGCAUAAGCAAAACUAAUGCCAUAACAAGGUUUGUUAUGAUGUUUAACUGAAGAAAUUCUUGAGGGGAAGGAACAUAUGUAGACAACAUAAGCGGUACUAAUGCCUUAAACAAAGUUGAAUAUGAUGUUUAACUGAAGAAAUUCUUGUGGGGAAGGUUGUAGCCAAAUUGUAAGCAUUCUGUUCAUAGCUCAACUUUUCUUUUUUGGUUGCCCUUGUCUUCCCCUUUCAAUAUGUUUAUAUA